AUGGCGUUCUCUGCACAGGCAGACAGCUUGCCGAGUUUCAUCAAAAUUCCAGAAGACCAGACAGGGAUUUCGGGAGGGGUUGCGUCAUUUGUUUGCCAGGCAGUGGGUGAGCCCAAGCCAGGGAUCACAUGGAUGAAGAAGGGAAAAAAGGUCAGCUCACAGCGCUUUGAGGUGAUUGAGUUUGAUGAUGGCUCAGGCUCCGUGCUGCGCAUCCAGCCGCUGAGAACACACAGGGAUGAGGCAAUCUACGAGUGCACAGCCACCAACAGCAUAGGCGAGAUCAAUACCAGUGCCAAACUCACCGUGCUAGAAGAGGACCAGAUUCCUCACGGCUUCCCUACCAUUGACAUGGGUCCCCAGCUGAAGGUCGUCGAGCGGCUUCGCACAGCCACGAUGCUAUGUGCCGCCAGCGGCGAUCCGGACCCUGAAAUCUCCUGGUUCAAGGAUUUUCUGCCCGUGGACAUCAACGGCAGCAACGGCCGCAUCAAGCAGCUCCGUUCAGGCGCUCUACAGAUCGAGAGCAGCGAAGAGUCGGACCAGGGGAAGUAUGAGUGUGUGGCUAUGAACAGUGUAGGAACACGUUACUCUGCUCCUGCCAACCUCUAUGUACGAGUGCGGCGAGUCCCACCUCGUUUCUCUGUCCCUCCAACCAAUCACGAGGUGAUGGCAGGUGGCAGUGUUAACCUCACGUGUAUGGCUGUGGGUGCUCCCAUGCCAUACGUAAAGUGGAUGGCUGGUGAGGUGGACCUAACCAAAGAGGACGAGAUGCCCAUAGGCCAUAACGUGCUGGAGCUAACCGACAUCCGUCAGUCUGCCAACUACACCUGCGUGGCUAUGUCCUCUCUGGGCGUAAUCGAGUCUACAGCACAGGUCUCGGUCAAGGGUCUUCCAAAGCCCCCCACCUCGCUCACUGUGACCGAGACCACUGCCACUAGUGUUACUCUGACAUGGGACUCAGGCAGCCCAGGGCCUGUUUCCUAUUACGUGAUCCAGUACCGCGCCAAGGCCUCGGACAGCGGCUUCCAAGAACUGGACGGCGUGGCCACCACCCGCUACAGCAUCGGCGGCCUCAGCCCGUACUCCGAGUACGAGUUCCGCGUCGUUGCUGUCAACAACAUCGGGCGCGGGCCCCCCAGCAACCCCGUGGAGGCACACACAGGGGAGCAGGCGCCGUCCUCGCCGCCGAUUCUGGUCCGGGCGCGAAUGCUUAGCGCCAGCACCAUGCUAGUGCAGUGGGAGCCUCCGGAGGAACCCAACGGACAGAUCAGGGGCUACCGCAUCUACUACACGUCUGACCUGGACGCUCCGCUCAGCGCCUGGCAGAAGCACAACACGGACGACAGCCUGCUCACCACCAUCUCGGGCCUGACCCCAGAUAUCACCUACAGCCUGCGUGUGCUGGGCUUCACCUCUGCGGGCGAUGGACCACCUUCAGAUGUGCUACAAGUGAAAACCCAACAAGGAGUCCCAGCCCAGCCAUCCAGUUUCAAAGCUGAAGCUGUACUGGACACGCAGAUCUUGCUGACUUGGCUCUGGCCAGUUCAGGAUCCCAUCAGCAAAUAUGAGCUAAUGUACUGGGAGGCCAAUUCAGACGACAAGAUCCACGUCACCUUCGCCCCCGCUGGUUCCUAUGUGGUAGAGGGCCUUAAGCCAGACACGCUGUAUAAGUUCUCCUUGGCAGCACGCACUGAGGAUGGGUUGGGCACGUACACGCAGCCUAUUGAAGCCAGGACCGCUCAGUCGAGUGUGCCCCGUCCAUCCUUCCAGCUCAUCCAACAAGCCCCCUCCCCUUGCCCUAGUGGUGGCUUCGUGGCUGAUGACCGUCCUAUGUUUCUGUGA